GCAUUUGACAGCAGCAUGGCCAACGACACUCUCAAACUGCCCGUGACCUUUUUGAAGUUCACACCACCUCCGGACGGAAUGCCGUGUGUGCGGGAUUGGCUGGUUACGUUUGACAGCAUGUUGACAACCGGGGUGGACUUGGGACGAAAGGAUUUAUCCCUCAUAUGCCCAGGUGCUCCAACCACCCUGAACCAUUGCUCAGUUGACUUGAUCAAGGGCUACACCAAAGCGUCGGUGGUGGCAUUCAUCCUGAUGGUUGCUGCAGAAAACGACGUGGAAGCCACAAUGGUGAACCAGUCCACCACAGCGCGCAGCUACCUGAACUUGCAGUUGUCCUACCGCGGAUCAGAGCGGCAGCCUCCGUCGGCGCUGAGCGUGGCGCUAUUCUUUUCGGGCAUCAUGCAGGCCAAAAGCGAGGAUGGAACCCAUGACAAAUCCAUGUCAACAGAAUCCAGACUCAAAGCUGUGAUUGCCGAAUAUCAUGACCAACCAGGUGUUCUGGCGCGCUACCGCAUUGACCCAGACAAGGAACGUGCAAUUCUCAACCUUGUGGUUGGUACCAGUGCAGGUACCAGAACUUUGAUCCAAGCCCAUUUGAACCACCACCGCUGGCGAGAGAGCUGCUUCACAGCAGAUUUACUCAAAUCCUCAAGGUGGUUGAUUGGGGCAAGUCCUCGCAAUUGCAAAGAGUACAUGAAGUCAAUGUUGACAGUGACUCAAAGGAUUCAGGAGAAGUUCAUGCAAAACGUCAUUGCAUGGUUUUCUGGGCAAGUGCAAAAGAUCCGGGCAUCUACCAGGGCCAAAUUCCGCCCAUCUCAAACUGAGUGGGACCGCAUGGUUGACUACACAUGUGUCAUGGAACGAGUGAAGGUCGAAGCACAGGCAACCCUCACCCAUGACCCUGAGAAGUGCAAGUCCGUGUUGAAGAGCAUCAAAACUUGCUUCGCAAACAGGGACUACUAUGAAGAAGUGCAAACUUGCGUGGAGGUGGCCCUGGUGAACUGGAAUGUCAAACACCUUUCGAUUUGGUCCGAAUUGGUGCAACCAGCAGCCCUUGCUUUGGACGAGGCUCACACUGAUGUUGUGGAAAUGGAAGAAUGCACACUGGACGCACAGUUCCAGGAAGUCCGAAGCAAAAUCUCGAUGGAUGAAUUGGCCUGGGUCCAGUACAAGCAGAAGCAGCAGAAGAAAGCCGCUCGUGAACACAUCUUGUCCGUUUCUCACACCAAGUCCCAGCUGGCCAUUGGGAAGGGGCUUGUCGAAAAGUUUAUGAUGAAGUCCUGCAACAUGAAUGCCUUGGCAGAUGUCUCUCAGCUUCCCAACCUGGACGCCUGGUUCCGUCAAUCAGCAGCAGAUCUCAAGGUCAAAGCUGAGCAGCUUCCGGUGUUGGUGAUCAUUGACUUUACGAAGCUGGGCACAUUGACUACUGUGAACCUCAACAAGCAUUGCCGCCACUUGCAAAAGGGUGCCGUGGUGCAUUCCACUUGCUACUGCGGAUCCGUUGAGAAAGCUUGCAUGGCUUUGGGGGUGCCUAUCACAUCUGUCUCUGAUGUGGCGGUCAACUUCACCUAUGCCUCAUCGCGUUUGGCAAAUGGUCUUCUCGAGGACUGGAAGGGUGGAGUUGGCAAAGUGGGCCAGCUGCUCCCAAAAUUCAAACGUGACUAUGUGGAUGACGCCCCGAUGGAACUCAGCUUGCCAGACUUUCACGUUUGCAAAGAACAAGAUGGGCAACUUACGAUUCCUGCUGAAACACGUGCCCGCUACAUCCAGGACCCUGUGAGAGGACCCGAGUGGAGAACACUGCUUUCCCGCUUCGACCAGGCCUGGUGCAGUGAUGUCAAAGCGCAGCCGCGAGCAGCUCCACCUGCCACUACAGUGACAGCAAUGGCAACCCGAACCGAGACCGACAAUACCGGUGAUGGUGAAGCUGAUGGUGAAGAGACCGGUGGUGGCACAACUGUGCCAAACACCUCUUCUUUGGACAGUGCAUUUCCGGAUGAGCCUACCACCCAACAAGCUCUGCAGGAUAAGUACCCAGGAGCACACAAGGUCUCUAUCGACUCCAACUUGCAUCUUGUGGUGUGUGAGGGGCCAAAGCUAUUCUAUGUAGCCACAGGGGAUGCCGAAGUGGACAUUCAUGAGCCCGCCCUUUGCUAUGGCGCUGGAACAUGGGUGCUGGACCAAAAG